UACGCUUAAUUUACCCUUAGGUCUGUGAUUAGUUGGUUUCAUUUGUUGUCCUUUUGCCACAACUUUUAUCGGUUCCUCCAUCCGUUUUAGGAGAAAUAAUUGUGCGUUUUUUUUUUGUUUUGUUUUUUAAAUGCACGAGUUCAUGGAAAUCAUUUUAAGUCAUUAUUCUGUCAGUGUCUGAGCUACUAUUCCUAUUUCAUUUCCCUCUCUCAAAAAAACAACUAAGCGCGAAAUAGUUACAGCAAAUUAAUAUCUGACGAGGGAAUUUAAAAAUUGAUUGGUUCUAGUGUGCUGUAAGUGGGAGUUUUUUUUUUUUUCUUUCCUCUCCCUCCAACAGGAAGUGAUUUGCAGUGUUCAGCAAGCCUUUUGUUGAGAAGGUUUUCUCAGAUCAGUGAGUCAUGCUUUUGCUCUGAGCCGGCAAGCAGGCAGGCAGGCAGCAGUCAGUAGAGAGUAUUUUCUUUUCCUUCACAGUAUUUGCAAUCAGCGACAAGACAGAUCUUUCUGUCUCUUCUCUUACUUUUCGUUUUUUGAAUUUUUGAGGCUACAAAACAGAAGCUGUAUCAGCAUCACCACUGGAAACAAACAAGCUGCACCAUAACACUGACAAUCUUUUUUUUUUUGUUAAUCUCUCCAUUCUUUCUUCCUCUGCUUAAGUGUUGUGUUUUCACGGAUUGUGUCUGUAUAUUUGUCAUUUAUUGGAUUGCAGCUCUGGAUUUUACUGAGAGCAGAUUGGACUUUGGUGACAGCAGCAGCAGCAGCAGCAGCAGCAGUCCAACACAACUGCCACUGUAACCUCUGUUGAGAAAAUUACAGUCAGGUGGCCUGUGAUUGCUAAAAGGCGUUUGCUGCCUGUGCCGCUGCUGCUAUGUUACAGGAGAGGGUAAUCAGCGCGGCUCAGCCACGUCUGCCAGCACACUUGUGAAAGAGGCAGGCUGUGCGCGUCGGUUGGUGGAGAGAGGGGAGAGAGCAAGAGAGAGAAGGGUAUGCUUCACCGUACCAAAUACAACCGCUUCAGGAAUGAGUCAGUAACAUCUGUCGAUGAGCUUCUCCACGGCCUGUCCAUGAAUCCCAAGGUCUCGGCUACCCCCCAGUCUGCAGCCGAGACAUCUUACACACCACCGACUGAGGUCCAGCCUGCCUCCACCACCACUGCUUCCAGCACCCCCACCAGCCAUGGGUCUGACCACCUGGAAGAUGGAGGCACCACCCUCUGCACCCUCAUCAACAAGGUGUCCAGCCUGAAAUUCAGCAACUCAGGCAGCUUGCUGGGCAUCAAGGGUUUGCCCUCGGCUGUCAAGGACCUGGCUGUGUCUAAGCUGCAGGGGGGUGGGGGAUCUGGCCCAGGCGGCUCCAGCGGCUCGAGCCCCAGUGCGGCAACAACAACAGCAGCGGCGGCGGCGGCGGCGGCAGCAGCCUCUGGUGUGGGCGGCUCACUGUGCAGCUCAGCCUCUCAUUCAACCCCCUGCUCGCUGCUGGAGUCAGCUGUCAGCAUGAGUAAAAAGAGCAGGCUGGAUGAGUUUCAGCCUGCAGGAGAGGAAUGGAAUCCUGGUGGAGGUGGUGGACUGGUCAGCAAUCCCUCCAGAGGAUGGCUACACUCGAGUGACAAGAUCUCUGGUCCAGGAGUGACAUACAUUGUCAAGUACCUGGGCUGUAUAGAGGUUCUUCGGUCAAUGAGAUCACUGGAUUUCACCACAAGAUCACAAAUAACAAGGGAAGCCAUCAGCCUGGUGUGUGAGGCUGUUCCAGGGACCAAAGGAGCUCUGCGGAAGAGAAAGCCACCAUCCAAAGCUCUGUCCAGUAUCCUGGGCAAGAGCAACCUGCAGUUCGCUGGCAUGUCCAUCAACCUAAACAUUUCCACCAGUAGCCUCAACCUGAUGACGCCUGACUGCAAACAGAUCAUUGCCAACCAUCACAUGCAGUCCAUCUCCUUUGCAUCUGGCGGAGACCCCGACACGACAGAUUAUGUUGCCUAUGUAGCAAAGGACCCUGUUAACAGAAGAGCAUGUCACAUUCUGGAGUGCUCCGACGGUCUGGCCCAGGACGUCAUCAGUACCAUCGGUCAGGCCUUUGACCUCCGAUUUCAGCAGUACCUGCAGUGUCCCCCGAGCAAGCCGCCCUCCACACACGACAGGGUAUUAAAUAUGGAGGAGCUGCCGUGGACAGAAGAAGAGGAGGAGUCAGCAGAACAUCCUUACUAUAACAACAUCCCCGGCAAGAUGCCACCACCCGGAGGCUUCAUCGACACCAGGCUGACCAAUCACAACGCAGCAACUGAUGGUUGCCAGAUGGGUCCAGGGUCUGUAGAUCAGACCUAUUACCAAGGACGGCACUGUGGAGAAAACUGGGGUGAUGAAAGAAAGCCCAUAUUCAUACAACAGGGUUCGUUUGAUAUAAGCAGUCUGCCUGAGAGCAAAGGCCCAGCGCCAAAAGCAGCAGAGAUGCCCAUGUAUGUGAACACCCAGCAGAUCGACGCCCAGGUCCUCGCAGCCCUUCAGGCAGAAGCAGAACAUGUGACAAAGGGUAUGGCAGCUGCAGCCAAAGAGAGCCCACAGAAGGACCUGUUUGACAUGAAGCCCUUUGAGGAUGCAAUUCAGUCCCAGUCCCAUCCGCCGGGCCAGGGUCCAGUCCAGGUCCAAAUGUCUGGUCUUCACAAGGCGGCGUCCGUGGACAACUCCAGCCCUCUUCUCGUGCGCUCGCUGGCCUUCCGGGCGCAGGAGGAGCUCGAGGGCCAGACGUGGUACCACGGCAAAAUGAGCCGCCGCGAGGCCGAGAAAUUGCUGAAAGAAGACGGGGACUUCCUGGUGCGCAAGAGCACGACCAACCCAGGGUCCUAUGUACUGACAGGCAUGCACAAUGGUCUUGCCAAACACCUGCUACUAGUGGACCCUGAGGGCACGGUACGGACAAAAGAUCAUGUAUUUGACAGCAUUAGCCACCUUAUCGGACAUCACCGUGACAACAAUCUGCCGAUUGUGUCAGCCGGGAGCGAACUGUGUCUCCUGCAGCCAGUUGGAAGAAAACAGUGAUGCUUGAUGUGAAAGGCCGACGGUGAACAGGAAGCUCCGAACAGUCUCUCCUACAUCCUGAAACUUGAAGAUGAAACAAUGAACAGAAGAUGCUUAAAGGAUCUAUGCGCCGACAGUGUUUGUGUGUGUGUGUGUGUGUGUGUGUGUGUGGGGGGGUUGGCCCACGCGUUGCUUUACCGCAGGCCGCUGGAAAACCACGCAAGAUCCGUUUGAGAUAAAAGAAAUUAUUUAUAGAACUGUUAUUUUGUUGUGAUGACUGAAAUGCUAUAUUUUUGAGAAGACAUAGGUGCAUUUGGACAUACUAUCUUGAUUUGAUGUUUAAAAAAACAAAAAGAAAGAAAAAAAGGUGAAAACAAAAAAAGACAGUCGUUCUUGUAGUUUAGACGAAGUGCAAAUCAAACCUCAAAGAGGUCAUAACGAGAGUAUUUUAGAAUAAAAAACCCGAAAUUUUACUUUUGUCUGUCAAGCACAACCACAUUUUUACCGGGAUCGUUGGCUAAGAUGUCGGGGGGGGGGGGGUUUGGACAAUAAAUGCAGUUUAUAAUGAAUUAUUUUAGGGAAAAAUGUCCCCUUUAAUCUUAUCUUAAAGUGUGUGACAUCUCACUUAAAUAGUCACUGUAUGAAAACUGCUUGUUAUCGGGGGUUAGAAAAGAACGUGUUUUGUUUUUGCAGUAGUCCGUCACAAACAGACAUCUGUCACAUUAGUGCUGUCAAUGGCUUUAAAGAUAACCUUUUUUUUUGUUUACUUUUCUUUGUUUGAUAAAGUAUUUUCUUGUGUCACAGUCGCAUGACUUAAAAUUAACUGUUCUUGUGGACAUUGUUCGUAGACCUUGACGCCCCUUUAUUUGAAAGAGGUGCUCGUGUAUGCUGACACUGUAAAAAAAAAAAAAUAAUAUUUAUGCUUUUCAAUUUUGGAUUAUUUCUUAAUUGGUUUUUCUCUGGACUCUUCUCUCUCUUUUUUUUUUUAGGUGUAUAGCCAAUGAUUUGUUUCUGGGGCAUGAGUCAAGCAAUGAAUAUUCUCACAUUCUUAAUUGACUUUUUUUCUGCUUUUUGUGAACUCUUAAAGGUACUCUACGUAAUAACCUUUAUUAAGGGUGACUGUGAAGGCUGGCUUUUGACCUGAGGUGACUGAUUAGGUUGAUAAAUGAGGCGAUUAACGCAACACUCUUACUAUAGUUGAGGCUAUAUUCGACUAUCAAGCGAGGUAGCCCACUUUACUCACCACUCUUUGUAUUGCUUUCAAUGUUAGCGGGGCUCAGUUCACUGGGAGAUGAAUUGAAGUUCAAGUAGGGUGGAAUUAGGGGGAAAAAAUGAGCCUACUUCUCAUUUGAUUUAUAAUUUUCCUGAAGAGUAAAUCAGUAGUUUAAGGUCUUCUUCAAUAGAAUGCACCACAUUUUAGAGGAAAAUGCAACAGUAAAGGACGAACGGACACCAGUGUGACUGACAGCUGGUAGGAUGACGUCUGUGAACGAUCAGUCAAAUCCCAAAUUUCAAGGAUUCAAAACAGGAGUUAAUUCAGCAACUGGGAGACUACGUCCAUUUCUUAUAUACAGUCCAUGUUUCAGCAUAGUAGAUACACUGUAGACCUAGUGUUUUAUCUUCAUAUUAACAUUCCUGGCCAUAGUGGGGCGGAGACGCCAAUGGUCCUAAACUAAUGUCUCUAAUGUCUUGUCAUUGAGACAUGUCACUCCCAGUCUGCUAUAGGCAACCCAACAAAACGAAAACAAACAAACCAAAAACAAUGAACAGAUGUACAUAUAGUGAAUAGCACAAUCAGAAGGUUAGACGAGUUAAAUCACGUGUGUCAGUUGUACCAAAAAAAAAAGAAAGAAAAAAGAAUGUGUUGAAAUGUAAACUACACUUUUU